AGACAUAAAACCAUGAGAAGCAAAUGUACAAAUCAGUCAUAGGGGCAGCCGUACGAACAUGCUGCAGCUAGUGUCAAUUGUGUUGCAUCUGUCGAGUUUGCAUUGAAACUGGUAAAUAUAGUUUAAGAACAAGUUUCUCAUUGCCAUUUCCAGAUUGUUUGAAUGGCAUUACUGUAGCUACAUACUGGUGUACUAUAGAUGGCAUGCUGGGUUAAUUAACUAGAUUAAGUUGGAUGCUUUUAGAUUGCCUGUGCCUGUGAUUUAAAGUUUUUGUUCGUAACACAACUCGCCAGCCUACUGUUGUGUGACUGGGACAAGAAUUCAUAUAAUCUUCAAAAAGUAUCUGAUUUGAUUGCAGCACCAUUUACCCAAAGAGCUUACAUGAUGGCUGUCAACCCACACUGCAGAGAUUUCUGAAGCCAAACAAACUUGGGGCAGACUAAGUAGUGUACAUAGAGAAUAGCAAUAACUCCUGAACCUCACCAACGUUUUAUUGCUGUUGAUUCUGAAAACUGAACCAAUGGAUUCAACUACUACUCUGCCUUCUAUGGUGGCAGCUACUCUUCUGGCAGUGGACAACCAGCCUGUCAUGUCUGACUACCUUUGGCUGCUUGUCAUAGGUUUCUUCAUUGCCUUCAUUCUGGCAUUUUCAGUGGGUGCCAAUGAUGUGGCUAACUCCUUUGGGACAGCUGUGGGCUCUGGGGUGGUCACCUUGCAGCAGGCCUGCAUUUUAGCCACAAUAUUUGAGACAAUAGGCUCCAUGCUGCUCGGUGCAAAAGUCAGUGAGACCAUUCGCCAGGGUAUCAUCGAUGUCAGUAUGUACAAUGGAUCAGAGCCUGUACUGAUGGCAGGCUCCAUCAGUGCCAUGUUUGGUUCAGCUGUAUGGCAGUUGCUUGCUUCAUUUUUUAAGCUCCCCAUAUCUGGAACACACUGCAUUGUGGGAGCUACCAUAGGUUUUUCCUUGAUAGUAAAAGGUCAUCAAGGAGUGAAGUGGCUGGAGCUAAUAAGGAUUGUGACAUCAUGGUUCCUUUCUCCUCUUCUCUCUGGAAUGAUGUCUGCUGUUCUGUUUUACUUUGUUCGUAUGUUCAUUUUAAACAAGGACAACCCACUGCCUAAUGGCCUGAAGGCCCUUCCCAUCUUCUAUGCUGUUACCAUGGGAAUCAACCUCUUCUCCAUCAUGUUCACUGGUCCUCCAUUGCUGGGUUUUGACAGAAUUCCCUGGUGGGUAACACUGCUCAUCUCAGUAGCCUGUGCUUUCCUCACAGCCAUUGUGGUAUGGUUUUCUGUCUGUCCACACCUCAGGAAGAAGAUUGCAAAUAACAUCAAGUCCAGCCCCUUUGAGCAUCCACUGAUGCAGAAGAACAUUCUGAAUGCUGUACCCGAUGAGCCACUUAUAACCACCUCUUGGGUAUCCCCAGUCCAGCUACCUCCUAGCAAAAUUACUUUUGACAUUGGAGAGACUGAGGAUAUGAAUGAUAAGAUCAGCAAAGACUUGGAUGAUACUGAUCUGAAUGUCUGCAGCAAGGAUCAAGUCCAGUUCAGCAAUAGUAAUGAACUUUCCAACAAUGGCUACAGCCAUUACCACACCAUACAUAAAGACUCUGGCCUGUACAAGGAUCUCCUGCACAAGUUGCACCUGGCUAAGGUGGGUGACUGUAUGGGUGAGGGGGAUCGAACCAUCCGCCGCAACAACAGCUACACUUCGUAUACUAUGGCUAUCUGUGGCAUGCACAACGACUUCAAGCAGAAGGACGGAGAUGUCAAGCCUGCUGACGAUGGAGAUAAGGAGAAAAAACAAAUGUCCACAAACAAUUAUAUCGGCUACUUCAGCGCAGUGACUGAGAGUAGGCCACCGGAUCAUCUGGGUGAGGUGGUGUUGGAUGCAAGUCAAGAAGCUAGCAGUGAGAAGUCACUUGAAGAGGAUGCGUUGGAGAUUGACCGGCCAGAAGUCUCUCUGCUCUUUCAGUUCCUGCAGAUUCUUACUGCCUGCUUUGGGUCCUUUGCUCAUGGAGGCAACGAUGUCAGUAAUGCCAUUGGACCCCUGGUAGCCCUCUGGUUGGUGUAUGACACAGGAAAGGUGAUCUCUAAUACUCCCACACCCAUCUGGCUGUUGUUGUAUGGAGGAGUAGGCAUCUGUGCUGGGCUCUGGGCUUGGGGACGAAGGGUCAUUCAGACUAUGGGCAAGGACCUAACCCCCAUCACUCCUUCCAGCGGUUUCAGUAUUGAACUGGCCUCAGCACUGACAGUGGUUAUUGCCUCCAACAUUGGCCUUCCUGUCAGCACUACUCAUUGCAAGGUGGGUUCAGUCGUGGCUGUUGGUUGGUUGCGCUCCAGGAAGGCAGUUGACUGGCUUCUGUUCCGCAACAUCUUUAUAGCUUGGUUUGUAACUGUACCUAUUUCUGGUGUCAUCAGUGCUGUAAUUAUGGCUCUUUUUUACUAUGUCAUUCUCUGAGAGCCUAAGUGGAGCCCCUUCUCUCCCAGAAAUCAUCAUGUACAUGUAUGUGCUUUUACAGUAAGAUUAUCUUUGUUUUCCAGCAAGGAAAUAGUCAUUUCCCUCUUUCCUUGUAUGAACCUUGUUUUCUGUUAAUGAGGUGGUCAUAGUAUCUCUUAGUUGGAAAUGUAAUCCAGACUAGAAAAAUAAUUUAAGUGCAUAUUAGAAUUCCAAAAUGAUUUUGUUUUUGUCUAUUUUGUGUGCAUUCAUAAUAAGAGAAAAUUGCAUGCAGUGCUGUAAUCAAAGGUAAAAUCUUCCUUGUUAAAAACACAUGCUGUUACUUAUAUUUACUAUGAAAACUAUAUAUAUCAAAUUUAGUUUCAUUACUUUAUACAUUUUUAUAAUGCUGUCAUGGUUGCAGAAAUAUAGUCACAUGAUACACAGAAUAAUUCACUGAAGCUUUAAGUGGUUGCAAGUGUUUGAAAACAGAUUUUUCUGGGAGGAAUUCUGUUAUUACAUUUUAAAUUUACCAUUAUCUUUUGCUCUGUUUUAUUGAACAAGAAAAUUACUUUUAAAUUAAUUUUAACCUGUAAACCUACAAAUGCAAAAAUGAUUAUAGUAAAUGAUUUAGUGUUCCUGUGUGGAAUUAUAAUUUGUGGUAAAAUGGUUGAUUUGCAGUGGAUGUAUACAACUGUAUUUCUUAUUAUUAUGAUUGAUCUUUUUGAACCCCAGGAGAGUAUUUGAGUAGCUGCUAUAUUAAAGCAUAUUAUGUUUGAUAGGCAUGUAGAAUUGAAAGAUAAAUUCCAUAAUUUCUAAUUGGUUUCAAAAUGGGAAGUGGACCGUUUAGUGUAUAUUCUACAUAUUGAAACAGACUGAAGUUUAUACAUUUUACUUUUUUUGACUGGAUAAUAAAGCAUGAAUAAAAUAAUUAAACAUG